AUGGAGAACAACCUUAAUGGGCAGCCCAGUGAAAACUCAAACCACUCUGAGAUCAGGGUCAGCACCUACCCAAAGGAUGGGUCUGAGGCCUGGAAAACCAUCUGGGACUUCAAGACAUCUCAGCAGCAGCAGACAAAUCAAAACGAACAAAUCAUCUUUGGUGGAGAUGCCCACAUCACUAUCACUGGUAUCUCACAAGCUGUGAAGAUCAAUGGUCAAACAAGGGUGGCAAUCAUUGAGCAAAAGACCAACAAUUUAUCAUGGAAAACGAUCUGGAACUACAACACGGGCGUCAUUGCAACCAAAGUCCUGCAACAGAACACCUGCUACAUUUCUCACAUGAACAGAAGAGAGAUGCCCAGCUUUGAAAAUAUAGCCCGACUGGCUGCAGAGAGCAGGAACCUGCUUGGACUUGGAAGAACAACCAGGAAGAUCACCUUUGUCACCAAUGGAUUGGUCAACAACCUCAGCUCUUAUGGCAUUGAAAUCACCGCUAUGUGCAGUGGACUCACCACCUACUUGGCCUAUGAAGUUCACAGACCCCAGGUGACUCUGGGAUCAUGCACCACCCUUGAUGUCCUGAGAGCUGUGGAGCUUCAGUACUGCAAUAGCAAUGGACAAUGGAAUGGCAUUUGGAAUGGCAAUGGCAUAUGGAAUGGCAGUGGCAAUUGGAACAAUGAGCUGCUGCCCAAAGAGAACCGUGAUGCCCUUCUUUCCUGCCAUCCCGUCCUUGAGAGCUUCCUGCUGGAGGCUGCUGAUGCUUUAAACAGAUCUCAGCAGAUUCCAGACAUCCUCCUCAACAACACGCAAGUCAUCAUUGGUGGCCAUUCCCAAAUUGUGACCAUCAACAGGCAAUGGCGCGUGGCAAUCAUUGAGCAAGUGAGCAUCAGUGGAUCCUGGAAAACCAUCUGGAACUACAACACGGGCGUCAUUGCAACCAAAGUCCCACAACAGAACACCUGCUACAUUUCCAUCAUGAACAGAAGCGAGAUGCCCCGCUUUGAUAAUCUGGCCCGCCUGGCACAAGAGAGCAGGAACCUACUUGGACUUGGAAGAACAACCAGGAAGAUCACCUUUGUCACCAAUGGAUUGGUCAAUAACCUCAGGAACUAUGGAAUAGACAUCACCGCAAUGUGCAGUGGACUCACCACCUACUUGGCCUACGAAGUUCACACUUUCCAAGGACCCCAGGUGACUCUGGGAUCAUGCACCACCCUUGAUGUCCUGAGAGCUGUGGAGCUUCAGUACUGCAUUGGCAAUGGCAGUGUCAAUUUCCCGUCUCAGCAGAUUCCAGGCAAUCUCUUCAACAACACGCAAGUCAUCAUUGGUGGCCAGUCCCAAUUUGUGACCAUCAACAGGCAAUGGCGCGUGGCAAUCAUUGAGCAAGUGAGCAGCAGCGGAUCCUGGAAAACCAUCUGGAACUACAACACGGGUGUCAUUGCAACAAAAGUGAUGCCAGAGAGAACAUGCUACAUUUCCACCAUGAAUAGGAGUGAGAUGCCUACCUUUGCUGCACUUGUCAAAGUGGCUGCAGAGAGGAGGAACCAGAUUGGUUAUGGAAGACCUGCCGAGAAGAUCACCUUUGUCCCCAGUGGAUUGGUCAACAACCUCAGCUCUUACGGACCAGAUGUCUUCUCCAUGUGCAGUGGACUCACCACCUACAUGGCUCAUGAAGUUUACGGACCCGAAUACAAUCAACAAUCGUGCCUUGCACUUAAUGUCGUGAGACUUGUGGAGCUGAAGUACUGCAGAGGCAAUGGAGGCUUCAGGAAUCCUUACCUUUCUUGA